UUAUAUAUUUAAUAGUUAUUGACUUUUAAUUAUUUAAUAUAUAUUUAUUAUUUCAUAAUAUGUAAAAAUAUUUAAUACAUAAAAUAAUUUAUAUAUAUAAUGUUGAUUCCGCGCAAGGCGCGGAUCUUAAUCUAGUUCGGUAUUAUACAGCCAAGCCAAAGUUUUAAACUUUUGGUAAGUCUCAGUGGGGAAGAACAUUUAGAAGCACAAACUCGGUAAAUCAAAUAUAUAUAUUGGUUUACAUGAUCACUUGUAAACAAAAAGUACAAGUGAUAAAAAGGAAAAGAGACUGGCGAUGAUCUAGGGUUUCGAUGCUUUCUCAAAAAUGGGAUCCUGGAAUUGGAUACGAGUUACAUAAUGGAGCAGAAGAUCAGCAAAGGAAGGAUUUGGGGGGUUCUGAGUUGAGAUCUUCAGAUCUCAGGCGAUUUGAACGGGUUUUCGAAAGAUGGAAUUGGGGAUUUUUGCGGAUGUUGCGGGUAUUUAACUGGAGCAUGAUUUCGAUUGUCAUCAAAACGGAAUUAUGGAGAUUUACAGAGCCAACUUCUCGGCAAUGGUGGUGACAUGAAGGAAGGAGAAACGGCUCGGAAAAGAAUGAAGAUUUCGGUGCCUCACUUUGAUAACUCGGCACUAAUCAAGACUUACUCUAAGUCCUUGAUUGGACGAUGCAUGAAUCCACCAGAGCAGGAAAUGAAGGCGCUCAUCCAGAACUUACCGAAGAUUUGGAAGCUGGAGGAAAGGGUUGUUGGAACGGACUUGGGUUUUGGCAAGUUUCGGUUCGACUUUGAAACAGAGGAGGAGAUAGAUACGGUACUGAAGCUGGAACCGUAUCAUUUUGAUUACUGGAUGUUGGCGUUAGCACGGUGGCAACCGAAGAAGUCGCAGCUCUUCCCAUCAGAGAUAACGUUCUGGAUUAGGGUGAUAGGUGUUCCGAUGGAGUUCAGGACGGUGCCUACCUUUGAGAGCCUCGGUGAUGCACUUGGACGAACAGUAGCAGUAGAUGUAGAGCACUGCAGAGUGCAGGUGGUGGUGGACGCAUUUCAGGAGCUUUGCUUUGAAACAACUUUGGACUUCAAGGGUGGAGAAUUUUACGAGGGGGAGGAAGCAGCAAUAUCAUUGAGGUAUGAGAAGCUCUUUGGAUACUGCCCACUUUGUUCUAGCUUGUGCCAUAAGGAGGAGAAAUGCCCUCUUGCUAAGAAGGCGUCGCCUGAGAAGAAAAGAGAGGGUCGAGAAGGAAAUGGAGGAUGGUAUGAUGGUGGGAAACACGAUGAUCGAGCUCGGAGCUAUAAGGGAGUGGUCAUAAAUGGAAAUCAGAAUCAACAACACAAGGAAAGAGACGGUAGGGACUACUAUGGGAAGGGUAAAGGCAAGAUGGUGGAAGAGGCUGACUCAAAAUGGGUGAAAGUGGCUGAUAGAGGCAAUAAGGGGCUUUUUACUAAUCACAGGAGCUUUAGGGGUGAGGGAGAUGGUUCUCGACAUAGAUCUUCCCGAAGAGAAGAACCCCGGGCUGAGGGUCAGGGGCAGGGAGGAAGUAAUAGAUCCUCCUCAGGUCAGUCAGGAGCUCCAAAAGAAGUAGUUCAGGAGGAGGGAGAAAUAAAAAAUCCUAAAGAGUCUGAGAAAACUCUUCCCUCUCAGGAUUUUCAAGAAGAGCUGGCCAAGACUCAAGCUGUAGGAUCUGAGGUAAUUUCGGACCCUAUGGAUGCAGAGGAAGGGCUUCAGAUGAUCAAAAGCCUGAUAGUGGAACCGUCAACUUUGGAGGAUGAUAAAGUACUGGACAUGGACGAGUGUAGAGCUAUCUGUCUUGAGCAUGGGAUAGAUAUGGAUGCAGCAGACGAUCUACCAGAUUGCUCAGAUGGGGAAUUUGAGGAAAUGCUAAAGGAACAAGAUGAUGAAGAAGCUAUUCCAGCAGAUUUAGAAAAUGAAAAUAUGGAGGUGGAGAAAGCACAUGUUAAAGGAGAUGUGGCGAAGAAGCAAGGAACUCGCAAGAGGCUUUUUAAGCCUAGCACCGCGGGGAGUACGAAGAUGAGGAUAGCUUCUGCGCUUGUGUCUCCGCGUAAACGAGCUCCGGCAAAGGUAGGUACACGUCAUGAAGAUCACAGCAAGCACCAGGAGAUUAAGGGCACUUCAAACCCGAAGACUGGAAUGAAAAAUCCAUAAU